AUCUGAUAAACAGUACAAUGCCAUGUAUAAACGUUUACUGAGAGUGUUUGAAUCUGUCUAUUCUAGUCAACGCAAAAGUCACUGGUUUUAUAGUAAAUAUAGUAAAUAUGAUUCUAUAACUUCAUUAGAUGUUUGGACAGAUAUUCAGUUUCUGCAGGGAUUUAUCAGAUGGCUUAGUGGUCAGAAUGAUGACAAAAACUUGUGCCAUGUGAUAAAGCUUGCCUUGUUAAAUAAAGCAUGUUCUUCUGGUUCAGAAGAAUGUGCUUUAUUCCUCCUGUCGGAGGGUGCGACACCUGACAGGGAGACACCGUUUCGUGUGGUAAAGGGUGGGAGUGUGAGUGUGUUACGUAAACUACUGGAGUAUGACGUCACUCAGACAGCGAGGUUAGACUGGUCACGAUCACCACAUAAAGGCCUAGCUACUAAUAUCAAUGUCCUACAGGAGGCGUGUUUGUUUGGGAGAGAAGAGAUGGUGACCAUGUUAUAUAACACUUACCCACACUUGGUACACGACACUGAUGACGAGGGACACAGCACGCUCCAUCAUGUGACACUGACAGGAAACUGUGAUAUAUUUAAAACAGUGGAGAGAGUUGUACUUAAAUCCUUGUAUAGAGUUGAGGACGAACAUCAUAAAUGUAAGACAGUAGAAGGUCGUGUGGUUCACAGGAAUUGUGUGUGUGUUCAGUACGUGUGUCAGUUAGUGGGUAAGUACGGGGGGGAAACAGUGUUACAUUAUAGUUGUUACGGGGGACGCAUGGAGGUUUGUAAAUAUCUGUGUAAGUCGUACCCAGCACUAACUACAGCUGUAGAUAAUGACGGGUAUCAUUGUCUACAUUAUAUAGCUAGGUUUACGUCAGAUGUAGACCUGUUCACCGAGUGUGAAACUCAUGUAAAACAGUACCUAGAAUCUACAGGAUGUAAGUAUGACAUCACAACCAUACUAACCGAUCAGGGAGAAUCUGUUUUAGACUUUGCAGAGAAACAGACAGAGGACUGGGGGACAGAGGACUGGACCUGGGGGACAGAAAACAAG